AUGGCCGACGAGGCUCUGUCCUUGGUCUGCACCGACUGCAAUGCCCAGCUCCAAUCCGUGAAGGAAGCCCAAGCCCACGGCGAAGCCACAGGGCACUCAAACUUCGAGGAGAGCACCGAAGCGGUCAAGCGCCUGGUCUGCACUGAGUGCAGCAAGCCAUGCCGCACCAUAGUUGAGCAGGAGCUGCACACAAAGCGAACAGGGCACACCACGUUUGAAGAUCAGACCCGCGCUGCUGCCAAGGCCAUGAGCACGGAGAUGGAGAUGGCAAAGGCGAGGGCGGUGGAGGCAGGGGAAGGGACUGACAAGAAAGAUGUUGAGCUUGUGGAGCCUGAGGUGGAUGGCCAAGCACUGGCAGAAUUGGAGGCCAUGGGCUUUGCCAGGAACAGGGGGGUACGCGCAUUGCAUGGGAGUGGCAAUACCGGGGAGACACCCAAGCCCAGCCUCACGCCUGAGGAGGCCAAAGCCUUGGCAGCAGAGCUCCUCGCCAAGGCCAGGAGAAAGCGCGAACUCGAGGAGAAGGAGCUCCAGCGACUCAGGGAGCAAGAACGGAUUAGGUCGGGGAAGGAGCUCGCUGCUGCAGCGCGUCUGGAGGCCGAGCUGAAGCUGAAACGGUCUAUGGAGGCACGGCGGCUGGAGAAGGAGGAGGAGCGCAAGGCGCGGGAGAGGGUCCGCGAGAUGCUGGAGGAGGACAAGCGCGCGCGCCGUGUCCGCCUGGGCCUCCCCCCCGAGCCCACUCCCGAGGAGCUGGAGGCGGAGCGGGCCAAGGCGGCGGAGAAGGCGGCGCAGGAGGCCGCCAAGCGGCUGCCGCCUCCGCCUGUCAUCCCCGAUGCGGACCGCCUGCGGGACCUGCUGGUGGGCAUGAAGCGGGGCACGUCCGACGCGGCGGCGGUCACGCUGUGCUUCCAGACCCUGCUGCGCCUGUGCGGCAACGCGGCCAACGACCCCGGCAACGCCAAGUACCGGCGCCUGAACCUGGGCAACCCGGCGCUGGCGGCGCGCCUGCUCCCAGACGCGCGCGCCUUCCUGGAGGCCGCGGGGUGGGCGGCCGCGGAAGGGGAGGGCGAGGGCGUGCUGGUGCUGCCGGGCGCCGGCUCGCCUGCCGAGGUCGUGCGGCUGACCGCGGCGGGGGAGCAGUUGCACUCCGCCCUGAACAACCCCUUCUUCGGGGCGCUGUGA